GUUAAAAGUGGUGUAAAUAUAAAAUGUACAAAAUGUGACUAUUUUUGAUUAUGUAUGUUUCGUUUACACCAUAUCAAAAUCGUCCCUCUGUAACAAGAGAAUAUACAUAAUUAAAAAGUCUAGUAAAUAUAAAUGCAAUAUAUAUAUAUUAUAUUAAUAUAAUACUUACAAGAUCAUUGUACUCUAAUACGUGUUUCUUAAUAGCAGAUGUAUCCACCCAAGUAACGAAAUCUUCCAAAUUUCUGUAGUACGCAUAAAUUAUUAUUAAUAAUAUUAAUAACGAUUUACUUGCAUUGUUAAUUAUUUUAUAAUGUUAUAAUAAUUGUUUACCUAGUUACUAAAAAUGCUGGAUCUUUUACAACUUCUGCACCUACUCUGACAUGACCUUGUUCUAUGAAUUGUGUUGCCAUUUUAAUAUUUUGACUCAUCUUAUUCCGUACCAUAACAACUGGUAAUCGUCUUCUACAAAAGGCAGUUGCAUUCACCUUUUGCGUUAAUGAUAAAUCCCAUUUUGUUGGUAUUAAUCCCAUCAUAUAUAAUUUUUCCAACAGUAGCGCACAUUGUUCAAUUCGAAAAGGGUGUUCUGCAUCAAUUUCUUUAAGUUUAUUGCCUAAUUCCCGAAUAUAACGUGCUAAUUUCUUAUACCUAUUAAAAUUGAAAUUUUCAGUUUAAAUAUUCGUUCAAGUAAUAUACUUAAUGAGUUUUUAAUUAAGAAAAUUUUGUCUUACUUUGCAUAGUCUUCUCUUUUUUGUAUUCGAAAUCGUUUCAGAAUUUUUACCUCCUUUAAAUUAUUGUCCACUUGCCAUGAUAUGAAGUCAACUUUCUUUAAUAACUUCUGCUCGUGAUAUUUUAAUUUCCUCACCAUUUUCGACGAAAAUUUUUAUCGCAUGCGACGCGGAGCAAAAUGUUUUGAUUCUGUUUGGUAGUAAGAUAGGUUAGAACGUGGUCAGAAUGAGUGUAUAUAUUGUAUAUAGAUCAUAAGUUUAUUUUAAUAACAUAAAACUUUAUAAACAACAGCAAAAAUGUACAGUAUAAUUUAAAACGUGUUAAUGAAACUUGAAGAUUAGAAGUAAAUAAUAAAUUACGUAAAGUACAUAACUGCAAUUUAUAAUGGAAGGAAAACAGAAUAAAGCAGAACCAGGUGAUGGUUUACGCUCUCUUAAAAGUACAAUGUUUUUUCGUGCAGUAAAUUAUGAAUUAUAUGUUAGACCGAAUAAAGUGAUAAUGAUUUUUGGAGCUGUAACAAUAUGUAGUUGUUUAGGAUAUAUUUAUUACAUGCGCCAAAAAUAUGAUAGUACACAAUAUUAUCAUGCAGUGACAGAAGAUGGGUCGAUUGUUUCAAAAAAGAAAGUAUCAAAAUGGAUAGAUUAAAUAGGUAGAAUAAUAAAUAAUUUCAUAUAAAAUAAUGAUCACAUUGUAAUAUUGUUUAUAUAUUACAUUUUAUUUUACAAUUAGUAAUUCAUUGACUACCAUUUCAUGUGUACACAUGUUAGAGAUAUGUAAAUAAACAUAUAUAACAAUUAUGUUGCAUAUUCUAACAAAUAUAUUUGUAUACAACACUAUUUUUCAACAUCCCCUGUUAAAGUAUUCACUAUAACAUUCAUCUAAACGUGUUAUUACAUGGUUAUGCGUUUAAUGUUCUAUUGCAAUACUUAAAAGUUUUGUAAAUGCAUGUUACAACUACAGUAAUAUCCUUUUGGUUACUUGAUUCUCUUUACAAAAGUAUACAUUAGUUUAUAAAAUAUAAAUAGCAUUCUGCACCACAUUUGUUUCAUAUAAAUACAUAGAAAAGUAAUUCUUGUCACUGCAUAUUCAAAUUAUCAACUUUGGCAGUAUGUACAAGAUCGUUUACAGUUUCAUCCAUCAGUAAUUUUUAUAAACACUUCAAGGUUGUGAAUUUGGUCCAGAUUUUUGAACGAGUAAUGUUCUAAACUUACAUGUCACAACAAUUUUACUAAAAAUAUAUAUCUAUAUAUGUUUGUAUGUAUGUAUGUAUAUAGAUACUCUGUAAAUGUUAUAAAUGUAUAUAGUUUCUCUUUUGUGUUAUGUAUAAAGAUUUAAAGUAUUAGUAUUAUAUAAUAUAUGAAUACAUAAACUGAAACUCUGGAAAAUAGAAAAGAAAUUGAUUGUACUUUUCCUAUGCACUAUGUGGAAGAUUAUAUAGAACAUUAUUUUCAUAUAUCACUCAUUCACUAUUAAUUCGGAUAGAAGAUUUUGUAUUUUUUUCAUCUAACCAACGUAUAAACUAUUUUCUGGAAGCAUCUAAAAAGAAAGAAUGAAAUUUCUUUUAUAACAUAUCAAAAACAUUUGCAGGUAUAUAAAAAAGUUUCUACUUUUGAAUCAAAACUUUCUCUGCUAAUUCGUUGAAUUAUAUGUUCAAUCUUCAAAUAACUUUGCUGAAACUAUGUAUAGUACAUUCAAAUGUUGAAUAAUUAAUUUUGUUCUUCUACAUUGUGUGAAAGUAGAGUAAUUGUUGUGUUACUUAGAAGAAGAUAUUGAACAGGAACUAACAACAACAAUCGUUUGUAAUCUCAACGUUUUGGAAUCUCAACAGUGUCAAAAUUCCAAGUUCUAUUCCUUCACAUGGAAACGAUAAAUCUUUAAAAUCAAUCGCUUAUUAUUAAAAUAAUUAAAGUUUUAUCUCUUGUGCCCUAUAAUAAAUCAAUUACUUUCAGUUCUUCAGAAUGUUGUUCAUAGGAUUAUAUUUACCUACAUUAAUGUAUACAUCCAUGUAAUGUAUGUUGCAUAUUGUGUAUGUUAAAAAUAUUAUGGAAUAAGAGACAGUUUAUAAAGAGUAAUAACUUGUAAAUUUGCAUUUAAUCAAAUGAAUUUAGUAAAUUUAAACAAAUCAAUUUUAAUAAUAAGCGAUUCUACUAACGUAUAUAUUAAAAUUUGGCAAUUCAUAAUACUUUAUCACAUUUUGUACUUUUGUAGAUAAGGCAAUUUGUAACAAAAUGUUUUAAUUUUUCGAAAAAUCUAAGAUUCGUGUUAAUGUUUAAAUUUUGUAGCU